AUGCUGAAAUCCAAGAUGACAAGGUUGUCUUUCGAAGAAGCUUUGCAGAUUAAGGAUCAGUUGAGACUCCACAGGUGGACAUUAGACCCCAGGAAUUUUCUUGAGAGAAAAUACACAUUUCAAAACUUCGAGGAUACUUGGGCGUUUUUGACUAAAGUUGCUCUGAGAUCACACCUCGGCGGCCAUCAUCCUAAAAUCACUACGCUGUAUAAUAAAGUCACUAUUCACCUUACUACUCAUGAUGUUCAAGGCCUUACACAAUUGGAUUUCAAAUUUGCUGAAAGAUUCGAGAGCUAUGCGAAUAGGAUAGGGCUUAAGGAUUUCAAUUAA